AAUGUGUUUUAGGAAGGCCUUGAUAUAACUCCAUGGUGUGAAUUUACUUCCUGGUUGAGACAGGUUUAACUGAGGAGCGGACUAAUAGAUAAACUUUACGACAGUGUACCAAUGUCAAGCUAAUUUCUGAGUCAGUCAACAAGAUGUCGGUGGAUAUGCAACAGUUGUCAAGCAAUCUUCAAACUAUUCUUGAUGAACUUAAUAAGUUUAAGACUUCACAAGAGGUCAGCAUUAAGUCCGUCGAGGUAUCAUAUAUUGAAAAAUUGCAAGAAAUACGAAACCAGCGAACAAAAUUGAAUGCUGCUUUGGAUGCACUAGAAAAUACAACCUUGAAAGAACUCAAUGAACUUAGGACCACAUUGCAAGCUGCCCUCAAGAAAGAUGUUGACAACUGCAGUAGACUGAAUGAUGAACUGAAACAACUCAGUGGAGCUGUACAUGGCCUUUGUGAUAAGAGCAAGAAAGAACUUGAGUUUCUAGCUAGCAGAAAAUGUCUAGACAAAAUACAAGAGUCUGAGUCAUAUCUGAAUGAAAACCCAGUUAAGAUACAGAGUUCAAUUAUAUUUAAAGCAAAUAUUGACAUUGAGAAGUACUUGUCCCGACAGGCAAGUCUAGGAAGAAUUGAAGAGAGUAUGCAGUCCCUCACACUUAAUAUGAAUCCAGAUCAGGUCUUGAAUGUGAAGAGCAAAUCUGAGUAUAGUGUGAGAAUAUCAAGUGACACAUUUGUUGAGUCUUACCUGAUCAAUGGAAUUUGCUGCCUGCCUAAUGGUCAGGUAAUUGUUACUGAUGGUCAAAGAAAAGUGAAGCUGUUGGACCAGCAUUACAACGUGGUCAGCUACUGUGAUGUUACUGGUUGCCCAAAUAAUAUUUGCCAGGUCACGUCCAGUGAGGUGGCUCUUGCUGGUGAUAAAGAUAUACAGUUUAUCUCUGUGAGCAAUGGGCAACUUGUAAAUGGGAGAAGGUUUCAGUUACUGCAUGCAACUUAUAGUAUUGCCCACCAUCAGGGAGCGUUGUAUGUCACCUCUGGCACUGCCCUGUACCACUACACUCUGACAGGAUCACUUGUGAAAAAGCUGUAUGAAGAUACAGGUGACUCUUACAAAGUGUGGAAAUGUGCAGUGAGUCCUGCUGGGGACAGGAUCUAUGUCACCAAUUACCCACAACACAAACUCAUCACUCUUGCUACAGAUGGCACCCUGAUAUCCACCUUCAUGGACCCUGAACUGCAAUACCCACGGGGUGUUCAUGUUACACCAUCAGGACAAGUUCUAGUGUGUGGAUAUAGCUCCCAUACUGUCAUACAAGUGGAUCAUGAGGGAAGAAAGAGACUGGCAACUCUGUUAUCAAACAAAGAUGGAGUGAGCUAUCCAAAUACUGUCUGCUACAACACCAACAAUCACCAGAUCCUUGUUGGGCUAUAUACUAGCAAUAAAAUAAUUGUGUUUGAAUUGCAAUAGCUCUUCCAGUGAAAAAUACAUUAAUAUUGACAUGUUUAUAAUUAUAAAUGUUAUUUCCUUUUUUGAGUGGCAGUGUAUUCAUGGAAUUUUCAAUCUUAUGUUAGAAAAACAUGUAAAUACAGUUUAUCUAUUGUUAAAGGGGCCUUUUCACAGAGUUUGGCAUGUAUCGAAGUUUGUCAUUAUAAGACUUAUAUUGAUAUAUGUAAACAUUGGAUGUUUACGUAAAAAGUUCCAGUAAAAAAUAAGAAUGAGAUUAAAGACAGAAAAAAGUAAGCCUCAACUGGGCUCGAACCACUGACCCCUGGAGUAAAAGGUCUUAUGCUUAGACCACUCGGCCAUCCAUGCCCAUACUAUAAGUGAUGUAUUUUAUACUGUAUAUAAGCGAUCCUCGUAGUAUCACAAAAUAUAAACAAAAUAUAAAAUAUAACAAAAAAUAACCACUGAACUCUCCAAAUUAUUCAAUCGUUUUGCGUUGCAACGCUUUAUAAUGUUCAGGUAUUUAAAUCGUCAAAAGAUGCAUAUAAUGGAUAUUUUAGAGCAGGAUAAAUGUUCAGUAUUACCGUUUCCUCACUAAUAUCAUAACUACAACGAAAAUUUGCGAACCUCAUUUUUUUUAUUUUAUCAAUUUACAAAACGUGAAAAGGCCCCGUUAAACUGUUUUUAAGUUUACAACAAAUACGAAAAACCGUUCCUUCUUCAAUUACCCGUAAUAAAAUACAUAACGAGCAUGUUCUUCUUUGCAUAACGCCAAUAACGAAAUGUUUACUCUAUGGUUUAUCAGAACCAAAAACGUUGACUAGUUAAGUAUGUUUCUUAGGAACAUUUCUGCAUUAAGAUUUGGGGAUUUCCCAACAGUGAAUUCCUUUAUGAUAUACUGAGCCUUGUUCUUAAAAAAACCUGGCUUAAUGCAUGUGCGUAAAGUGUCAUCCCAGAUUAGCCUAUGCAGUCCGCACAGGCUAAUCAGGGACGACACUUUCCGCCUCACCUUGAUUUUCGGUACAGAGGGACUUCCUUGAAACAAAAAAUACCAUAAAGACGGAACGUGUCGUCCUUGAUUAGCAUGUGCGGACUGCACAGGUUAAUCUGGGAUGACACUUUAUGCACAUGCAUUUAGCCCAGUUUUCUCAGAACAAGGCUCUACUACACAAAAUAUAUCGUCAAGCAGUUUUUCACUUGAUUACUUGAUACCUUUUGAAGAGAUAACAUACAGUUUUCUAUUCUGCAUACGUUAUUUUAACAAAUGUUAAAAAAAAAACAACAACAAUGUAUUCAUCUGGCCUAUUAACGGAUAAUUUUUUCAAUGUUGACUCCACAUUAACCAAGGUCAAUACAUGGGUUACACGGCUAAAGACUUACCAUGUAACUCACUCAUAUUGUAACGAAGAAUCUACGGAAAUUUAAAUUGUGUUAUUGUUACAAUGCUAUCGAAUUUGUAUUGUAAAAAUACUUUCUUAUUUUAAUGGAAAACGAAACAAAACUGUAUUACGAGAUUUGUAAAUAAAGCGCCAUAAAUCAUUUCGUUAUAGAGAGUUCCGCAGUUAUCUCUCUUUCUUGUGCCUUGCGCUUUUCUUCAGACGAUUGGCAAAUGGAACGUUAAAAAUGUGUCGUUCAUAUAAAUUUAUCGUUGUGGGCCGAAGGCGCUAUUCCGAGAUAAUCGUAAAACAAUAGAAGGCGAUGGUCGACCAUAAAACAAAAACGUUUUUGUUUGGGACAGGAGAAGAGAACGAAACUUUUCUGAGAAACUUUCCUGACAGCGAAGGAUUGGACAAUAUUGAGCAAAGUAAUUGAUAACAAUCUUAGGCAAUUGGAAACUGGACAGGGGGACAGAAGGUUCUUCAGUCUUAAUUAAGACGCGAUUGAAUUUGGGGGCUAUUUUUAUGUGAAUAGGAGAUUGCGAAACAAUCGUGGUUGGAAAUUCU